AAACAAACACAGCCUGGACGCAAGAAGAAGAAGAAAAGGAAGCCGGGGCCGGGUAUCUAUUUUUUUACGUGUUUUCUAAAUAUAUUUGAAUGAGAACAUGGUUUCGGCGACCCUGAGGAACCUGUACUGGACGUCGUUCAGCCAAGCGGCGUCCCUGGAGGCGGGGCUGCUGGCGGUGGGCAACAAUGAGGGGAAAAUAUCCGUCUUCGACCUGUCCAGUGUGUGCAACAGCCGGGAGAGUGGCAUUGGCGAGCGUCUGAGGAGCCCGUGUAAGGUGAUCAGUGCACACAGCGAUGCCGUGUAUGCCAUGGUGGCCACGGAGGGCUUCUGUGUGUCGGGAACCACCGGCCAGAUCAGUGGCCGUCGCUGGGAGGAGCUGAAGCAGGGCCAGAUGCCGCCCGCCUGGAGCCUGUCCUUGGAGUGUGACCAGGCCAACUUUGGGACACCUGAAGUCAACAGCCUCGCCCACGACCCACAGCGAGGUCUCUUGUACGCUGCCUGUGGGGACUGGCGCACACAUGUAUACGACAUUGAAACAGGGAAACGUACGCACACGCUGGAGGGCCACGAGGAUUACGUGCACCAGGUGGUGGUGGGUGCCGGGGGAGGAAGCGGCGGCCCCCUGGUGGCCAGCAGCGGGGAGGACGGACAGGUGUUGGUGUGGGACCCAAGGGUGGGGAGGGAGCCCCGCCACCGCCUCUCCCCUCACACCCACUCUGAGCUUGCCCGCCCCUCCAUAGGAAAGUUUGUGGCCACGCUGGAUGUGACUGGUGACUGGCUGGUGUGUGGCGGGGGGCCCCGUGCUGGCAUCUUCCACCUCAAGUCCCUGGCGCUCACCACUGUGCUGCCGCCCACCUCUCCCACCAUCCACGUCACCAAAUUCACCAGGCACGCCGAGGGGGGUGACCGAGGAGGCAUUGUGGUGGCCGGAAUCGCCCCGCAGCUAACAGUGUGCAGCAUGGCAGGGAUGGUGACGGCUCAGCUACCCUGUUCAUCGCCCUGCAUCUAUACGGUCAAUGUGUCAGACAAGCCUUUCACGAUGAUGACCUACGGAGGGACCAGUACCAAGUUGGACGUGUGUUUCAACCUCAACUACCGCGACCACACAGUCUCCCUCGUGGAUGACUGAACACCACCAUAAAACAACAACUCCCUCCCUCCGUUCCCCUUCAUCCACUGCUCAACAAUACCAUCUACACCUUCUCUGACCAGCAGUAUAAGUGUGUGUAAUAAACUUUGGAUUCAUUCUUUUCCAGUGCCACUUUUCUAUUCAAAAACUCGUGCAUACCUGCCGAGGUUAUAUGCUGCUAAUAAAGUCGGGUUUUUUUCUAACACUAGUUUUAAUCGGUCAUCUACCUUUUAGUUCUACAUCUCUCUUUGUAUACUUUUUCCAACUGCAGUAUGAGAAACAAUAAUACCCUUUAUUCUCUGUUAUUACCAAAUUUAGGCGGGAAUGUGGCAGUAUUUUUCUCAUACAUGGAUUUAAUUUCGUUCACUUUUUACAACUAAAUAUUUCACAUUAAGAUAUUUAAGGAAACAGCCAAGUUGGGGAGUGUGUUUGGCAGUGUUCUGGGAGUCCAUAACCCCAAGUUGUUGUUGUUGUUGUUGUUUAUGUGUGUGUGUGUGUGUGUGUGUGUGGGGGGCAGUGGCUGAGUGGUCAACGUGCAUGUGUGGUGACCUCGAGGACCUAAGUUCAAGUCCUGCCCACCACUAUAAGCCGACAAUUUCCAGUCCAAGUGGCUUAACCCGGUAGCAGCGACGGGCCAAAUUUGUGGCCUUAUGGUAUACCAGCGACGAGCCAAAUUUUUGCCAUGAUAUAAAAAAAAUAGAUGCAUAAACUGAUCACAAAUGCGCGUAUGUAUAUAUUAUGAAAUGGUUUGCGCGAGUGAUGAUUUUUUCUCAUUUUUCUCACUUUAAGAAACAUGAUCCCUGCAGCUACUGGGUUAAGACUACCACAUGCUAACCUGAUGGCCACCUAUCAACUCUGAUCCUAGUGAAACUCUAAAGAGGAUCAACUGGAGUUUCGGAGGGGCAGCACGAGUCAUUUAAAACACCAGCCUGUUCCACUAACGGGCUGGUCGGCCCCAUCAAGAAAGGCUAUUAGUACUAUAGGCCGAGCAUAAAGAAAGCACAGUAGACCACCCCAAUUCAAGCCUUCUGUCAGAUAAUACAGAGAAGCAUAUUUUAAUAUUUCUACAAGUACAAGAUCAAAACCUGCAAAUAUUUCUUCAUAACUACAAGACCUAAAGCCCUAAAUUACUUCCAUGACUACAAGAUCAAAAAAACAAAAAUAUCUCAAUAACUACAAGAUCCAAAGCCACAAAGAAUAUCUCUUUAUAAUUACAAAAUCAAGCCCCAAAAUAUUUCUAUAACUACAAAAUCUAAACCUCUAACUACACACAAUACUAUACUCUUAGGUGUGAAUAAGUAGGCUACACCAACCACUUAUACUCUUAAGGCGGACACACACUAUACGAUGCGGCCGAAAGUGGGCGAAGCAUCGUCGGCCGGAUGAAGCACACACAUUAUGAGGCGGCUUCACGGAAAACCGGGCAGCAGCCAUCACUCUGAGCCCCACCGCUGCAGCGACGACAACAACACAAUAUAUGUUUCAUGUUCCACGAACAUGGAUGGCCCUUGUACACAUCAAUAAAACAGAUCCAAAAUCUUUAUUUAUCCAGACGUUAGACAUCGUGGAGUGUAGAUGAUGUGUACACCACGGCUGUCAGCGUCGAUCUGAGAUAAUUCCUGCCUCACAAAUUACACCCACACACACUGCCUUAAGGCCUCUAGCUCCGCCCACUUUUCAGCCGCCGGACAGGCUGCAUUGUAUAGUAGGUGUCCGCCUUAACCACUACUUCACGCCACACAGCAUGCAACUCAAACUAUUGUUAAAGGUACAAAUACUCAAUCUGUUGGUUUAUUACAUAAAACACUGGAUACAAAAAAUGCCCUUACCCUUCACCAUAGUAAGUGAUUCAUGUUAAUUUAUCUACUUAUAUUAACAAGUCUUUACAAUACUACAACAACUUGCUAAAAACGAAGGACGGAAACAUCACAACCUACAUAUAGUAAAACUCCAUUAAUCUGAAGUCCACUGAUCACAUACAAUAUUUUGGAUUCAAGCAAAAAAAAAUAAUUCCCCCCUACAAAACAUUAUAUCUUGGAGCAUGGGUCAAUUUUUUAAGGUAUGCUAUAAUAAUUCAGAAUAAAAAAGUUGCCUUAGAUCUAGAGUGAAGGAAAUUAACGUAUAUGUAAAAAAAUUGAUUGACGUGAGUGAAAGAAAUAUAUAAAAAGUUGAUUGUCAAGUGAAAGAAACUAUAUAAAAAAAAUUGACUGUCAAACAAAUUGCACAUAAAAAGAGGAUUGACAGACUUUUACAAAACAUAAAAUACACAUUGCAUUAAAAAGUUUGUAAAAUUAAAAAGUAA